UACAAUUUAGAUAACUGCGAUACCAUUGCCUUUUCCUCGCGCUGGCACGAUACAGCUCCGUUCCGUUAUGUCUGUCGCAGCACCCAAUAACGUGCUUAAUAUGUAUUAUGCCGUAGGCGUGCGGAUAAUCUAAUAACGUCGCAAAACCUCGUAGAAGUGCCGAAAACCGUCGCCGCACGUGUCACCCGCAUGACGGAUUAGCAGAGACCAUUUUCGGGUAAUUGAUCAAUGCACGAUAAUGAUAACAUGGAGGGCAAAGUGAAACGUUCGAUUGUGAGCAUCGUCCUCGUGACGUUGGUGCUCGUGCGUCGCACGGGCGUGCAGGGCGCGUCGCUUAACUGUGAGCCCGGCUGCCGGUGCACCGGCAUCGAGAUCGAUUGCUCCAAUUCAGAUCUGGACGUGGUGCCCGAUCUAAAGAAUAUCCAAGGCGCCAACAUCGUCGACCUCUCCAACAAUCGCAUCGAAGAGCUGGAAGACGAGCUGCCCUGGAUGGGGAUAGAGCAACUGCAGUUCCUCUACUUCAACACCAACAGCAUCUAUUUGGUCAGUGAUUUAGCAUUUGACAGACUGGUCAAUCUAGAAUACCUGGACUUAUCCAGUAAUUACAUGGAGCUGCUUCCGGAUACGCUCUUCAGCUCCAAUCCGCGUUUACACACGCUAAUUCUUCAAGGGAAUUUGUUCCAAUCGAACACUCCGAGGAUACACUCCAGUUCCAUUCGACAUCUGGAUCUAUCCUUUUGUAAGCUCUCCACGUUUACGGUGGAAAAUAUCAAAAACCUGCCGAGUUUAACUACGUUAAACCUGCAAGUGAAUAAUCUGGUGUAUCUACAACCAGAGGUUUUCAAUCAACAUCCGGGAAUAUCCCUAAGCUUGAGCUAUAAUUACUGGGCUUGUAAUUGCAGCACCGUGGAGUUGUAUAAAUGGGCGCUUGAUAAUCAACCCCGAGUGAUUAUUGAUGAGAAAUGCAAUAAUAAGAACAAUAUUCACGUGAAUUUGUUCAACCGCACGCGGGAGUUCCUCUAUAAGGAAAAGUGCGAUAUUGAUGAAGAUACUUUUGGCACAAAGCCGAUGAAGAAUCUGAGUCUGACCAGAUCGCCAACCAAUACGACGAAUAGCUCCGUUUUUCUAAACGAUUCGGAUGACGAUGAGAGUUCAUCGUCUGAAGAUGACGAGUGGCUAAUCGACGCGUGGAUCAUCUUUGUUAUAAUCGCUUUGGUUAUUAUUUUAGUGGCAGUUGCCCUCGGUGUGGUGCUGGGUGUGUUCGUGGGACGCUUAUUGCAGACGCGCGAUUAUAGAAACUAUCGGAGGAGCAGUUCGCCGACGUUCGUCUGAGGUGUAGACUCUAUUGUAGAAUAGUCGCUUGCGAAACAAAUUUACCGCAAUAUUUGCAGUGCAAAUAGCGUUAUGAAAGCUUUUUGUAAUUACUGUUAAUUAUAUGUGACAUGUGCAUUCGGUGUGCGUGCUCCACGGUAGGCUCCUUUAGGAUGGUCGUGUGUGUAAAUAUACUUUUUACUUUUAGAGUUAAUUUUUUUAGAAAUAAAAGAUUACGUAAAUGCGCACAAAAGUGAUUAAUAAUGGUUUGGAGACGUUUUAGUUACUCGAUAAGUGAUUCUCAAUUUGAAAUUUUAGAAUAAAACUUUUACCAAGGCGCAAUUGAGUUUGUGUCAAAGAAAAGCGAUAUUUAAAUUAUGUCAACCACACAAUUGAUUUUAAAGUUUUUGCAUGUUUGAUGGUUUUUACAUCAAACUAGACUAUAAAUGUGAAUCAUUUUAUUGUUAAUUUUAUUGAUUAAUUAAGUUUCAAUGUUUUGUGUUUAUUUCUUAUACGUUAAUUGUUAUUGUUUUGUAUUAAAAUAUAAUGAAAAGCAAAUCUGUAA